AUGCUGACUAUAGAUGCCCGAAAUAUCUUACUUCGCCCCAACGACAUCCCUAAAGACAUUUCACUGCAGUUAGCUCGCUAUACCACGCCCAAGCGGCUACUGCAUACCCGGAUUUUAGACCGUUUGACCCUUGACAUCCUUCAACAAGCCCAUACGGACCAUACCCAACACCCGAGCGAGAUCCUAUCGCAUUUAGAUACCGUUUAUGGCGUCUCUCUCGCGGAAGAACGCCUACUUCUCGUUAAAAUGCUCAUGAAUUUGAGACCGAACGGCAAUGCUGUCGCGAUGAUGAGACAAUGGCAGCGUUUAACCACUGAGAUAGAGCGGAAAAAGUAUUAUUUCUCAGAGCCGUGUCAUGACAUAGGCAUCAUCUUUCUGGGUGACUUUCAACGCUCAUUCAUUUGUACUCAGUUAGAUAGUCUCUUUCCCAGCUCCAAACGCGGUCGCUUUCAUGAGAUAGACAUGGAUGAUAUAUCGAUCAAAUUGAGAGCCGUACACCACCUCCACCACACACCUACCGUCAGCUCUCAUACACCAUCUAUCGACAGGAUAUUGGAACCCCAUUCAUCCCACUUCUGGUCUAGCUAA